AUGCCCAAAGUCAACAAGAAGAAGCGCAACAGCGCCCACUCGGAUGCUGCUGCAAAGACGCAGGCCGCCCACAGUAUCUUCAAGAUGAACACAGAUAUCGGUCAGCACGUCUUGAAGAAUCCCGGUAUUGCGGAGCAAAUUGUCAACAAAGCUGAUCUCAAGCAGAGUGAUGUUGUUCUUGAAAUUGGUCCUGGUACCGGAAACUUGACAGCCAAAAUUUUGGAUCAAGCAAAGAAGGUCAUCGCGGUGGAAUUGGAUCCUCGAAUGGCGGCCGAAGUCACCAAACGUUUCCAGGGCACCCCGGCUCAAAAACGUCUCGAAGUGAUCCUCGGUGAUGUGAUGAAGACUGAGCUGCCAUACUUUGAUGUGUGCAUUAGCAAUACCCCAUACCAGAUUUCCUCCCCUCUUACAUUCAAACUACUGGCUACGAACCCGGCCCCCCGAUCGUGCAUUCUCAUGUUCCAGCGUGAAUUCGCUCUGCGACUGUUCGCCAAGCCAGGCGACAAGCUUUACAGUCGUCUGUCGGUCAACGCUCAGAUGUGGGCGAAGAUCGAUCACAUCAUGAAGGUCGGCAAAAACAACUUCAAGCCUCCACCCCUCGUUGAAUCGAGCGUCAUCCGCAUGGUUCCAAAGGUCCCCAGGCCACAGAUCGACUAUGAAGAGUGGGAUGGGCUACUGCGCAUUGCUUUUGUGAGAAAGAACAAGACCCUGCGGGCCAGUUUUAUUGGUACACCCAGCAUUAUGAACAUCCUCGAAUCAAACUACCGAACUUGGUGCGCGCAGCACGACAUCCCUGUGGAGGACGGUCCAACCGAAGACGCCGACGGCGAUGUCAUGGAUAUGGGCGAAGAAGAACAGGGAGCCGAGGCGGACGAAGUCAUGGAAAUGGAUGACGAUGAUGAUGUCCCGGAUUUCUUUAAAGAGGAGACCAAUGCCCGCCUCCAGCAAGCGAUCAAGACACCCUCGCGGAAGAAGAAGGGUAAGGUUGCGGAAUUGGUCCGUGAAAAGGUCCGCCAGGUCCUGGAAGAUGACACCAGCCUGGGCGAAAAGCGUGCACGAAUGUGUGAUGAGAACGAUUUCUUGAAAUUGCUCUGGGCCUUCAACCAGAAAGGGAUCCAUUUUAGCUGA